AUGAUUUACAAGAUUAUCUGGAUAAUUUUAGUUCAAAGGUGUUGGCUUGUUAGUUGUGACUGUAAUCACACUGCAGUCAAAUUAAACAGACUAUCUUAUUUACGCUCUAACUGUGUUUUUGAAAAUCUAACCAAUUCCAACAUCUUACUCCACGAUGCCGAUUUACCAAAGGACCUAAAUCGAAAAGCAUAUAAUUGGAAUACCAUCACUUUAAACCUACAAAAUGGUGUGCUAAACAACUUUUCCGCUGGCGAUUUGAUUGCGGAAGGAAUUGCUUGCAAUUAUGGAAAAAUUAACUUACUUCUCAAUGAUAUGCACAUCAAUCGGAUUAAUGUCUUUCCAAGCGAAGUGACAACAAAAUCCCAAAGUAAAUGCAAUGUGAGUUACACAUCCAUCCAAUUUACCAACAACAAUAUCACUGAAUUAAAUGGACAAAUAUUUAACAACUUAGUUAAUUUGACAUCUAUAAACUUGUCGAACAAUAAUAUUAAAACUCUUGACAAGCUGAUGUUCAACAAAUUGAAAAGUUUAAAGACAUUAAAUUUAUCCAACAAUAAAUUAUCUAAACUUGAUAACAUUUUUGGAAACCUUGAACGACUGGAUUACUUGAAUAUAUCAAUAAAUGAUAUUACAACUAUCCCGAAAGGUGUAUUUGUGAACAUGACAUAUUUGCGACAUUUGAAUGCAUCCUAUAAUCAAAUAACUAACAUUGCUUCAGGUGCGUUUAUAUAUUUGAACAAUUUAAUGUAUUUGGACAUUUCGCAUAAUCGCUUGACGACAAUUGAUAUGGGUUCGUUUAGCGGUUUGCAUAAAUUAAGAAAUAUGAACAUUGGCUACAACUACAUCAAUCCCAACAAAUACUUAAUGAUAAAUACACCGAGUUUGAUUGAAUUGGAUAUAAGCUUCAAUGAAUUAGAGAAUUUGGAUGUUGAUUUAUUCAGUCUUCAGCACUUGACAUCAAUAAAUAUUGAUGGAAAUAAAUUCUCGUGCCAACUACUGAUUCACUACAUCAAUAAGUUCAAACAAUUUAGAACAAAACUGCAAUUUGGAACCGAAAAGGAUCGUUCAAGCUUGCAUGGAAUUCAUUGCAACGACACCGAAUCCAACGAAGAUAUCACCAUCAAUUUGGAAAGUGAUAGCACUAAAUCGUAUGAUGUAGAAAUGUUAAUUAAUCAAAGAUUUAAUGAUACAUUGACAUUGAUGGAAGAAUCUAGCAAUAAUAUUGCUAAUGCAUUUAACUCCACGAUGAUUCAAAUGAUUCAAUUAUUGAUACAAACGCAAGUUCAGGGCGAGAACAAAGAUUCUUUGCAAAAAUCCGAUUCGGAGCUGGAUUUUCAAUCGUUAAUUUUAAAUGUGCAGGAAAUUGCUAAUGUACUUAUUGUUAUAGCCUGCUUCAUGGUAUUGGUGGCAGUUGGCGUUGUUGUUUGUUGCCUUUGGAAUAAAACGUGGCGUUCGCUACGAAACAAUGUUCAUCUUAGCAGUGUUAACAGCGAAAUUAGUCGUUCCGAAUUAUGUUCUUUGACUGAUUCUUUAUAACAACUGUAACUAUUAAAUUACAAUGAUUUGUUUGUAUAUUUUUAUGUAUUAUAUUUUAUGUAUUUUAUAUAACAUUUAAAUGUUAAUAUAACUAUUAUAAUCUAA